AUGGAGUUCGAACCCUACCCUCGACAGCACAUCAGCAUGGGAAAUUUUCCUACUGCAGGACCGCUCGACAUGUUGAACAUGGCCGCCGCGUUGCCAGAAUAUCAAAUGCGCCAAUUCCCACCACCAUCGUUCCCUCAACAGUUUCCCACCCCUGGCCUAGCUAAUCAGUCCAUGAUGUAUCAAUAUCCCCAAGGCGCGCAGUUUGCCGGUCAGACUGCCAGUAAUUAUGCUCAAGCUUUUGCUCAACAGUACCCGCCGCAAUACGCACAAGGCCCUCGGGCACGACAGCCACAGGGAGCAUUUCCACAGUUCAUAGGCGGCCAGGCGGGCCCUGGAGGCCCGCAGGCGUUCCAAAAUCAAACGUACAUGUUACAACAGCCUAUGCUUCACAAUCCCGGUGCCACAACCCAGCAUCGACAGCAGCACCAGCCGCAAUUUGGUCAGUCACAUACCGGGACGUCCUACACUGGUACUUACCCUCCCCGAAUGGCAGCCGGGUAUCCCUUGCCACAAUUGCGCGUGGAUGGUAUUCUGGCGCAUCCAGGACCACAACAAGGGCAACAUGUUUAUCAGCAGCCGGGUCCUCAAGGUACGAGAUCUCCUGACGUUGUAGCCUGGACCGAACUAAGUAGAGCAGCCGUGAGGAGAACCAGCUCGAACUCGUCCCUACAAGCAUCCGUCCUCAGAGGUCCUCCAAGAAAGCCGCGACAGUCCGGCCACGCCCUCUGGGUGGGCAAUCUUCCCCCGUCAACCAACAUAAUUGAACUGAAGGAUCACUUUUCAAAGGAGGCGACAGACGACAUUGAGAGCGUGUUUUUGAUCUCCAAAAGCAACUGCGCUUUUGUCAAUUACAAGACCGAGGCCAGUUGUGCGGCUGCCAUGACACGCUUCCACGACUCUCGUUUUCACGGGGUCAGGCUGGUCUGCAGAUUGCGUCGUGGGAGCUCGUCCACAGCGAACGCACCGCAGCCAGUCGUGGAAGCGGUCGCCGAUGCUACACAAGGAGCAAAACAGCCCGAUGAGGUUCCAGAAGAACAGGCGGUGGCCGUCGAUGGCACAGACGCAGUCACCGCCGAGCCAAAAUCCUUGGAAAAGGUCAAGGACAAGUUCUUUGUGGUGAAAAGUCUGACUGUCGAGGAUCUGGAACACAGCGUCACCAGUGGCAUCUGGGCCACUCAGGCUCACAACGAAGCGGCACUCAAUUCUGCGUACCAAACAGCUGAGAACGUGUACCUGAUAUUUUCGGCAAACAAAUCUGGCGAGUAUUUUGGCUAUGCCAGGAUGGAGUCGGCGAUUGACGCCGAACUCGCCGCUCAACUUGAUUAUAAACCGCGGGUGGAAGCUCCUGUGCCCAGCCCUUCGGAUCUGCCCUUGACGAUAGUGACUCCAGAGACAAGCACUGCCCCCAGAGGACGCAUCAUCGACGACUCUGCUCGUGGCACCAUCUUCUGGGAGGCGGACGUGGAAAACAAAGACAAGGACAAAGAAAAAGAGGAACAACAUGCGGACGAGGAUGGCGGCAACGUGUCGGGAGAAGGCUACGAGUCUACCAGCCCAGCCACACCACAAACUUUCGGCAAGCCGUUCAAGAUCAAGUGGAUGUCGACGGAUCACCUGCCUUUCUACCGGACUAGAGGCUUGAGGAAUUCAUGGAACUCCAACCGGGAGGUCAAGAUUGCCCGGGAUGGGACAGAGAUUGAACCUAACGUGGGCCGUCGGCUGAUCAACAUGUUCCAUCGGCCUCAGAUGGGCCCUUUCAGCCCCACGGCGGCAACGCAACAACAACAGCCAGGUCAGGGACUGCCUAUGGCCGGGAUCAUGUCUCCACAGGGUGCAAUUCCCGGUGGGAUGCAUGGAAGGGGCUAUUGA